AAUUCCCAAGUAAACACUGUUCCGGUAUGUUUGAUGUAAUUGUGAUCUUCGUUCCAUCGAAGAACAUUCCCAGAGCUCAGUGAAUCGGGUCACUUUUGCUAUCGGAUGAACUACAUUGUAUUGGAUGGAUAAAAGGUUGAGGUGGUCGGCGCUCCAUGCAAGUUCGACUGCUUAUUUGCUCGUCUUCGCCUUAGUUUGCGCCAGGUUUCUCGUGUUGAAUGAUUCGCUGCUUGGAUCAUCUAAACGAUGAAUAUAUAUCUCCGCUUGAACUUGACUCAGUUGCUAGUGAUUACAUUCUUCAUUUUGAGUUGAGUUGGUUGAUCUGUGUUUUCCUUUGUCAUUGAUGCAUUGAAGGGAAGAACAUUCUCGCAAGUUCUGCCGAUGGAGAUGAAGCAAUGGAAGAGAGACAGACUGUGAACUAUCAUCUACUAGGAAGAUUAUUACAAGCAUGCAUGCAAAGUGCAGGAAGGGACUGGACUAAGCUUCAUACCACGGGAUUUUCAUGCCACGCCGACCUUCAUACUGAAAUUUGCCUCUCCAGGAAACCCGUGCGAGUCUCUUAUAAUGGGUUAAAAGUCCACAUUCCAUCAUAUCAAACUCGAUUUAUGCGGAAAACCCAACCAUAUGCAAGGAGAGAGGAUCCUACAGCCAUGAGAGAGGUUACCCCGAUAAAGAUUCUCCACGGAGAAAGCAGUCCGCCACCCUGUGAUCUUACGCACAAUGUUACCGCCAUGAUCUUCUCCUCGGGAGGCUUCUCAGGGAACACGUUCCAUGAGCUUAAUGAGAUCGUGAUCCCUCUGUUCCUGACGAGUCGGCAUUUCAGAUCUCAGGUUCAGUUCAUUGCGACCGAUUACCGGCGUUGGUUGGUCGAAAGUACAAUAAAGUUCUUGCGCAUUUGUCAGAUUAUGUGGUUCUAGAUUUAUCAGCAGAUGAAAGGCUGCAUUGCUAUCCGGGAGCCGUCCUAGGACUCAAGUACCAUGACAACCUCGCCCUGAAUCCUAGGGAAGUCCCUGAAGGGCACUUGGUGCUGGAAUUCAACUGAUUCAUGAGGGAGGCACAUGAAUUGAAGGUGGCAAACGUAAAGGAGAUUAAGAAGCCGAAACUGAUGCUCAUUUCCUGGCGCGGGACCCAGAAGAUCCUAAAUGAGCGCGUCCUGGUGCAGCUGAUGGAACAGGUCGGUUUCCAGGUGGUUGUCGCGGAUGACAAAACAAUUCUCAGCUUGGAACACUUUGUCGAGAUUGUUAAUUCGUGCAGCGUCUUGGUCAGGGUCCAAGGGGCUGGCCUCGCCCACGAGCUGUUCCUGCCUGACGGGUCAGUAUUGGUACGGAUUGUCCUGCUUGGCAUGGAGUGGAACGCGGAAACUUACUUUGGUGGACCAGGAACCACGAUGGGGUUCCGGCACCUAGAAUACAAGAUCAGCCCCAAGGAGAGUUCGAUCUUGCAGAUGUAUAGUACAGAUCAUCUCGUGAUUACCGAACCCGAAUCUGUCCUUGCAAAGGGAUUCGAGGCUGCCAGGGCUGUGGAUUUCGAUAAGCAGGAUGUGAAGAUUGAUCUGUUUAGGUUCAAGAAGACCCUUGUCAAGGCAUUGAAACUUGUAGGACACUGAAUUCCUUCGUCAAUCUGUAACCACAUCAAGAGUGAACAUUUUGUUGGUGUUUCAGAUGUCAUGUGUCGAUUAAACUUCGAGCCAACAUUAUUUUGAUCGCUAAAAUCAACUUUCAUUUUCAUACUGUAUGAUAGAGUUCACAGGGAACACAUUCCAUGAAUUCAAUGGGAUGAUAGUUCCGUUGUUCUUAACAUGCCGGCACUUUUGGUCGCCAGUCUAGUUUGUAGUCACCGACUACA